UCCAGUUCUUUUCAUUCUCAUCUUUGAUUUGCUCUGUAUAUUCUCGAUUUCUGAUUGGUUUAUGCAUUCAUCAUCCGCAGAUUACAUGGCAGCCCUGGGUGUCCCUGGGUGACGGCCUCCGUCUUCAGUACACCGGAGCGUCGGACAUCUCCCAAUAUAGGGUCCUGCUUGAAGGGCCGGUUGGCAGGGUAUGGUUCCUGGGGGAGCGCUUUCAGCGCCAGGUAUGGGGGUAUCUUUCUCAGGAUAUUCCCGCAGUACCCCCAGCCAGUAUGCGGACCGCUGACAGACUCUCUUACUCAGAGGUAGUCGGCGCCAUGCUGGGCGCUGAUGCUUUACUGCAUGUUGAGGAGGGGGACUACGCCACUUACCGUCACAUAUACUUGAUGCCUCCAUUGACGGAAGCUCGUAUCCCGAUGAUGAGGCCUGCCGGUAUGUCAUCCUCGGACCAGGCUCGGGCUCGGGCUGCAGACGCCCCUUCUACUAGCAGGGCCGGUACGUCUAGAGGUGGGAGUAGACCGGUUCCUCCGGUUCCGUCGGUUCAUCCUCAUCCCGGAUGGCCAGAUAUGCCUACUGAAUUGAUGGCAUGGCAGUAUGGGGCUAGCUUUCCGACUCCGAUUCCACUAGAGCCUCCGAUGCCCAGUGAUCGAUACACCAUUGAUCCGGACUCACCGCCGCCAUCGCGAGGAUACAUGGAGGAGGUGGUUGGACUGGUGGCCACACUCGAGGGUGCCUGCUCAGGUAUUGGGGCUCCUGCCCGGAGGAGGGAUUUGUUUGUGAAGCCGACGCCUGUAUUCUGUUGUUUGCAACGUCUGGCAAUGCUCGAUCGCAUAGAAGGCGUUGAUAAGAAAGUGUGA